GAGUCUUCAGGCCAGCUCCCUGUCGGAUGGCUUUUAUGAAAAAAUAUCUCCUCCCCAUUCUGGGGCUCUUCAUGGCCUACUACUACUAUUCUGCAUAUGAGGAAUUCAGACCAGAGAUGCUCCAAGGAAAGAAAGUGAUUGUCACAGGGGCCAGCAAAGGGAUUGGAAGAGAGAUGGCUUAUCAUCUGGCGAAGAUGGGAGCCCACGUGGUGGUAACAGCGAGGUCAAAAGAAACUCUACAGAAGGUGGUUUCCCACUGCCUGGAACUUGGAGCAGCCUCAGCACACUACAUUGCUGGCACCAUGGAAGACAUGACCUUCGCAGAGCAAUUUGUUGCCCAAGCAGGAAAGCUCAUGGGAGGACUAGACAUGCUCAUUCUCAACCACAUCACCAACACUUCUUUGAAUCUUUUUCAUGAUGAUAUUCACCAUGUGCGCAAAAGCAUGGAGGUCAACUUCCUCAGUUAUGUGGUCCUGACUGUAGCUGCCUUGCCCAUGCUGAAGCAGAGCAAUGGAAGCAUUGUUGUCGUCUCUUCUUUGGCUGGGAAAGUGGCUUAUCCAAUGGUUGCUGCCUAUUCUGCAAGCAAGUUUGCUUUGGAUGGGUUCUUCUCCUCCAUCAGAAAGGAAUAUUCAGUGGCCAAGGUCAAUGUAUCAAUCACUCUCUGUGUUCUUGGCCUCAUAGACACAGACACAGCCAUGAAGGCAGUUUCUGGGAUAAUCAAUAUGCAAGCAGCUCCAAAGGAGGAAUGUGCCCUUGAGAUCAUCAAAGGGGGAGCUCUGCGUCAAGAAGAAGUAUAUUAUGACAGCUCACUCUGGACCACUCUUCUGAUGAGAAAUCCAUGCAGGAAGAUCCUGGAAUUUCUCUACUUACCGAGCUAUAAUAUGGACAGAUUCACAAAAAACUAGGAACUCCCUGAGGGCUGGGCAUGCUGAGGGAUUUUGGGACUGUUCUGUCUCAUAUUUAUCUGAGCUCUUGUCCAUGAAGACAUCUUCCCAGAGUAUCUCCGGAGACAUGAAAGUCAUGGGUCACACCUGACAAAUGGAAGGAGUUCCUCUAACAUUUGCACAAUGGAAAUGUAAUAAUAAUGAAUGUCAUGCACCACUGCAGCCAGCAGUUAUAAAACUGUUAGUAAACAUAGGUAUAAUUACCAGAUAGUUAUAUUAAAUUUAUCUCUUAUAUAUAAUAUGUGAUGAUUAAUACAAUAUUAAUUAUAAUAAAGGUCACAUAAACUUUAUAAAUUCA